AAUCUCAAAGAACUUCAGCUAGAAGGCAAACCUGUUCCUGUUCAUUUCUGUGGUCAUAUUUACAUUUUUAAAUUGAAUUUUCCUUUAUUAGUAUUUUUUUUACUUUGCUUAUACUAGCAAUUUUAGUAGAUGAGGAGAUGCCUGAAGGACACCAGAUUGUAAUGACUGAUGAAGGUCAUUAAAACUGGAUGAAAAAUGAAGAGCUGCUUUUUCCAUUUUACUCUAACUGAUCAGGACUCUGACUCUGCAUCAUGAUCCAAUUAUGAGCUGCAUGCACUAGUCCAUUCAAAUGUAAUUCCCUGAAUGAUCACCACCAGAUGAAGAGUAACUGCUGUAAUUGUAUUUUGUUAUCUCAGAGAUCUGACUUGAGCAAUCAUGUUGUCUUACUCCUCCUACAUGCUCACAGCAGUAACUGUCUUGCUAGUGACUUGCCAUGCACUCUGUAAAUGUCCAGGAGUUCCUGGCCUAUUGGAUAUCCCUGGACUGUCUGGAAGAGAUGGUUUGAAAAGACAGCCACAUCUACUAGGUCUACCUGGUUCUCUGUACAUUGAACUCUGCAAUGUUUUAGUAGAAUUGAAACAUCGAAUUUCCAGACUUGAAGGCGUGCUUACUUUGGAUGGAAAAAUAAUAGAAGUAGGAGAGAAAAUACUUACCAGCAAUGGGAAGGAAGUUGAUUUUGCAUCCGCACUAGAAUCCUGUGAAGAGGCUGGAGGAACUCUUGCAACUCCCACAAAUGAGGAGGAGAAUAAAGCUAUUUUGGGUAUUGUGAAACGGUAUAACAGAUUUGCUUACUUGGGCAUUAAAGAGGGUGAGAUUUCGGGCCAAUUUACAUAUAUGAAUGGCAUGCCUCUGAAUUAUACCAAGUGGCACACACAUGAGCCUAAUGGCAAAGGGACAGAAAAAUGUGUAGAGAUGUACACUGAUGGGAGCUGGAAUGACAAAAAAUGCAACCAGAAUCGCCUCACAAUCUGUGAAUUUUAAAGAAUGGUCUUUCAGCCACCUCAGUGUAUGGAGACAAUGAAAUAUCCUAUGUCUCACAUUUAUGCAACUUCUGUGAUGAUUCAAUGUUGUAAAAUCUAAAAUUAAUCAUAUUAUAGAAAUUUUUUUCAUUAAGAAAAUGCCAAAUGUGGUAGGUGAUUAACUUAAUUAAAAUGUGUCUAAUCUGCUGUGUUUGUUUCUUUUGGAGGGUUAGGAAUAGCUCAGCAUUCAUUUUUCAUGGCAGACUCUCUGUGCACUGUACCUUUGUGAAGAUUAGAGAAAAAUUCCAAGCUUUAACUUGGCAUAUUGGAAAAGCGUCAAGUUAAAAUUGCCUGUGGCUUUGUAGUGGAAGCAUUUUCAAGUAUAUAAUAGUUUCCAUCUUAAAAGAAAUGCGCAGAGGUUGACUUCACUGGAAAAAUGAUGAUCUCAGGUUUUGUAUGUUUCUGAU